AUGGUCACAGUAUCCCAAGUGCACAACCAGUACUGCUCGUAUCUGGAGGCAUUGUACCUCUACUUCCUCUCGGUGCCGGCAUCGCGCCCCGGCGCCGCUCCGCUUCCCGGACUGCUCCUCGACGUCUAUCUGGUUCGCCAGGCCAGGCGUGCAGCGCAGAUGCUGGCCGACGCGUACAGGAAUCGCCUGCAAUACGAGGACUGCCAGGAUCCGCUUACCAUCGCUGACAAUCAGGGCCGGGUGCUGAUGUGGCACCUUCCCGGCGUGAUCACGGAGGUCUUCCAGGUACGCCAGAAUACAUAUGUCCACCGCCAACUGUCUAUGACCGAGUACAAGAGAGCGAUAUGGCACGCCACAAUCGGUCUCAAUCCACUUCUCUCCCACAAUCGCCCCAAGGCGAGUGCAAGCUGGAGGGAAAAUAUCGAGAAUUUCCGGGAGCCGCAGGAGGGGGACGACCUUAAGCCGGCGUGUGUCGCGUUUUCGCCGGGGUGGUUCUGGCUCGGACACGCUGUACGUCUCCGGAUAGACUUCCCGAAUUGUUCGCUCAAAGUUUAG